UACAUGAAGCUCAAGAUCUGAACCUGCUAUGACUGACCCAGACGUCCUCACUGAGGUCCCAGCAGCUCUCAAACGCCUUGCCAAAUACGUGGUGCGUGGCUUUUAUGGCAUUGAACAUGCUUUGGCUUUGGACAUUCUCAUCAGGAACCCCUGCGUGAAGGAAGAGGACAUGUUAGAGCUCCUUAAGUUUGAUAGGAAGCAGUUGCGGGCUGUCCUCAACACCCUCAAGGGUGACAAGUUCAUCAAAUGCAGGAUGAGGGUAGAGACGGCUCCAGAUGGCAAAACCACCCGUCAUAACUACUACUUCAUCAACUACCGCCUUCUGGUUAAUGUGGUGAAGUACAAGCUGGACCAUAUGAGGAGGAGGAUUGAGACGGACGAAAGAGACUCCACCAAUCGCGCCUCUUUUAAAUGCCCCAUUUGCUUCAGCACUUUCACAGACUUGGAGGCCAACCAGCUGUUUGACCCCAGGACAGGAACUUUCCGCUGUACUUUCUGCGAGACUGAAGUGGAAGAAGAUGAAUCGGCGAUGCCCAAAAAGGAUGCAAGGACACUCGUGGCAAGAUUUAAUGAGCAGAUUGAGCCCAUCUAUGCGCUGCUUCGUGAGACAGAAGAUGUUAACUUAGCCUAUGAAAUCCUUGAGCCAGAACCCACAGAGAUUCCUGCCCUGAAGCAGAGCAAGGAGCGUGCAGCUGGUACUGGUUCAGGGGCAGCAGCUGGCCUUGCAGGUGGACACCAUCGGGAAGCAUGGACUACAAAAGGACCAUCGUAUGAGGACUUGUAUACCCAGAACGUUGUCAUCAGCAUGGAGGACCAGGAGGAUCUUAACCGGUCUGCAAGCGAAGGAAAGCCGGCCAGAGAGAGACCAAUUUGGCUACGGGAGAGCACAGUGCAAGGGGCUUAUGACCCUGAUGAAAUCAAAGAUG